AUGUAUUACUACGAAAACCCAUAUUAUUUUGAUCAAGAUCCUAAUGACGCUUCUUAUUAUUACCCCGAAUAUCAAUCCGAAGAAACUGUAAGCGCGAAAACUAAGAUCAACGUGGCAGAUACGAAUAAUAUUAAAACGACGGAAAAUAUUGAAAAUUUUCACAUAAAAAUCUCAACAAAACCCCCGAAACUCGCUGAUGCCCUAUGUCGUAUCAAACUAAACGUAUUAGAUUCCAACGAUGACACUGAUUCGAUGCAAGUAAACGUAGAAGAUACAGACAAAAACCUUAUAAACUAUGUCGACAGCUUGACCGACGAAAUUUACCGCAUAGCAAAGCUUAAUAAACCAAAUGAGAACUCCGAUACAAUAACUGUGUCUGACCUAUCAGCAACUCUUUCAGCAUCUGAACUAAUAGAUAUAACAGAACAAACUUAUCCCGUACCAUCAAUUAGCACAGAAACAGUACACUCAGCGUUAGAAUUAGAAUCUACAGGAUCUCCGCAAAAACUAACCGAACAGGAAGAAUUGAAUUUUGUUAAAGUUCUUAUUGUAGUCGCAGACUACGGUCUUCCUCUAACACUAUUGGAUCUUAGGAUACUAGUGAAUGAAUACCUAUUGAAAAAUAAUAAAGCUUUUAUUUUUAACGGAAAAUUACCUGGAGAAUGGUGGGCCAGAGCAUUCAUAGAACGGCAUCGUGAUAAGUUAACUAUCAGAUCUGUGUAA